AUGUCCGGACCGAUGGUCAGUCGUUCGCAAACAGGUGACAGCGUCGAUGUUAGAUCUUCGAUACACACGAUACGUUGUGUCCUUUGCGAAAAGACCGACAAGCUGUUGAGGUGUUCGCGUUGCAAAUCCGUUUUCUAUUGUACGAAAGAACACCAGAAGCGUGAUUGGAAACGUCACAAAGAAUUUUGUGGAAUUCGAGCUCCAUGGCCAAAUGAUUCUUCGCUCGUUGUUCUAUCCACAAACGAUACAGAUAGGAAUCGUACUUCUGCUGUGACCGCCGAUCAUACCUCUUCGAGAAAACGAUACACGCAGAACACACGGCCACUUUCUAACCUAACCGAGCAACUUCAACUAACCAGCAAAGUCUUUGCUGAGCAUGUCGGUGAUCACUCCGUACGAGAAAAGAGCGACGACAAGGAUUUCUCACGUUCUUAUCCUUUGAAGCUGAUCCGAGAUUCUAAUAACCGAUCGGAGAACUUAGUUUAUCCAAAAUACGAAGAUCAAAAUUUUAAGAAAAAACAAAACGGAGACGAAUUGAGGAGCAGUUUGAUUGUCAAAGCUGAUGGUUGGACUUCUCCUAUAACUUAUGAAGGUAGUUCGGAAGAUACAAUUUUGGGAGCUAGAGCGGAAUUAUUGAAUCCUGCCUUAGAAAGUUCUACAAUUCUUGAUAAUUUAGAAGAUUCGGAAUUAGACAUGCCGACACAACAUCAUAAUGGCAUGAAAAAUUUCCCAGAUGUUCAACUUCGCGAAGAAGAUCUUUUACCUCCGUUUUUGCAUAGAAAUAAGAACAAUUUAGAAGAACUAAUAGAUGAGAUUUGUAGAAACGUGAUCAGAGACAUGAACGAAUAUGGUGUGUGCGUGGUAGACAAUUUUCUGGGUGCCGAUAAGGGCCUUGCGGUGCUAAAAGAAGUUUUAAAUAUGUACAGUGCUGGAUUAUUUAAGGAUGGACAAUUGGUUUCCAAUAAGGCUAGUGCAAACGACUUAAAAACAAUUAGAGGUGAUCAGAUAACAUGGCUGGAUGGAAAAGAAAAGCCGUGUCAAAAUAUUGGCAUGCUUAUAUCUCAAGUUGAUGCUAUUAUCAUGAGGGCAAACAAAAUGCAUGAUAAUGGAAAGAUGGGAAGCUAUACGAUCAAUGGCAGAACAAAGGCAAUGGUAGCUUGCUACCCUGGUCACGGCUCGCAUUACGUGAAACAUGUGGAUAAUCCUAAUCGAGAUGGACGAUGUAUUACUGCGAUCUAUUAUCUGAAUCAAGAUUGGGAUAUUAAGAAAAAUGGAGGUCUUCUAAGGAUAUUUCCAGAAGGUUGGCGCGACCAAGUAGCCGAUAUCGAACCUCUAUUCGAUAGAAUACUCUUUUUCUGGUCAGACAGAAGAAAUCCUCACGAAGUACAGCCAGCGUAUAAAACGAGAUACGCAAUUACGUUAUGGUACUUCGAUGCCGAAGAAAGGAAUCAAGCUUGCCGAAGGUAUCAAAGGGAAAGAGAAUUAUUACAUGCAAAAGCGGCGGAGAAUUCGUGAGACGCAAAGUCUGAAGGACCGUUAGACCGUCCGUCGACUGAAAUUCUAAUUUUAAUAGCUGAACUUAUAUACUUGUACAUAGCUACAUAUGAAAAGAAAGCAUUGGUACAUAAAACGUAUUAUUAUGUAUUAAUUAUAUAUAUAUAUAUAUAUAGCCGAUAAAUUUUGUGGGAGGAAUUGAAUAGUGUAUAAAAGAAAAACAAUACGAAAAGCAAAGGAUAACGAAAACUUAAGGCUUAUCGCGCGUAAAAAUGUGCAAUAGAGAGUAAGAACGUUCCUUUUUUACAAAUGGUACUGUAACAUAUAUAGAUAUAGAUAUAUAUAUAUAUGUAUACACAUUCGACGUUCUAAGUGCAUAUAUCUCCUGCAGUUCUUACAUCGUUAACAUAAUUUUUAAUCACAUUUUUUUUUUCUUUUUCAACAUGAUUUUAAUGCUCAAAAUCUUCUCAUCAAAUAUUUCAUAUAACAACUUUAAUAUCUCUUUUGCUGUUAUUUAAGGAAUCAUUAUUUCUUUUUCUCAUUCUUUUGUCAUAAUUCUAUGCAAAUACCUUAACAGGAAUAUUACAAGAAGUAUUAAAUUCUUUGUCUUUAGCAAAAUUGAGAAAAAUACAGCUUUGUCGUAUAGUUCUAAUGUAAUUUAGGUGAUCUAAACUCCCUUGAUUCUUAUAUAUAGAUAAUUAUAUUUAUAUAAUUACGAUGAAACAAUACGCAUAUACAAGUGAAAAAUAUGAUUGAAUGAUUUUCCAUUUUCAUCGUCCAGUCUCAUGUAACAUUAUUGAUUUUAUCGUAAAAUAACGUAUUUCCAAAUAAAGGCGUCAUGAUUAAUUUACCAAGAAUCAUUCACGCUUCCAAUAUGAGAAAUUGAGAAAUAUCAAGGCCCAGUCUGUACUUGUAAUAUUGUUAUAUAUAUAAUGUGAAGUUGUAGGAGCACUGUGUUUAAUAUUGUAUGUAUCUAUUUAUAUAAAUCGAUAAUGAAAAGAAAAAAUUAGUACGUAUCGUUUACGUCCUCUGGAAACAUUUUCGCACAUAAAAUUAUUCUAUUAGUCCAGAAUUUAUUAUCAUUGAUAAAUGAAGAAAGAGCAUUAGGAGAGUUAUAAAAAGUACGUAUUACGUUUCAUAAUGUUAAACUUAUCUGAUGUAUCCAAAUCGUUAGUAAACAUUAAUAAGUUAUUUUCUAAAUACUCCUUCGUGCUGUAUUAUUGGAUACAGAGGACCCAAAAAUGUACCCCGGUAUCCUCGAUAAGUUAUUUCCGAUGUUCAUGUUUUAUUUAAUUUUACGUACAUAUAAUCAACGUUAAUAUUUGUUGUAAUUUAAGUUAUGAAGUAGAUACAAAUUUAUCAAGUAUUGUAAAAUGACGUGAUUUUGUUAUUUAGAAAAUUAAUAAAUGCCUAACAAAAUGUA